AAUUUAAUAAAUGAAUAUUUAAUAUAUUUGUACUAUAAAAUAUAGAUAAUACUCUUUUGAUAUUAUAUUUUUUCUGUAUGCUAUACAGAUCUUUUCAUAUUCUGAAUGUAUGGAUAUAUCAAAGUUUUGUGAUAAACUAAUAAUAGUAAUAUCUUGAUGUGAUAAGGAUAUUAUGUUGAUUCUUUACGAAGUUAUUCUGUGAUAUACAUAUUUUUAUAAUCAUAUUUAAUAAGUUAAAAUGACACUUUUAGAAAAAGAAUGGUUUAUUCAAGCUCCAUGGGGUCGUUUGUCCAUUGUUGCGUGGGGCGACUGCUAUGACCCACCGGUUCUGGUCUGCCCUGGGUCCAAAGACACCGUCAUUAGUUUCAGACCUCUCAUUGAAAUGUUACCAAAGAAUUUUUAUUAUAUUGGUUUCGACCUGCCAGGUUCUGGUAAAUCGGAUCACAUGCCGCGUGGCCUUAUGAUCAGCAUGUAUGACCUUCUAUACAGCAUCCAAGUCGUCGUGAAACACUUCAGAUGGGAGAGUUUCAUUUACUUGGCACAUUCUAUGGGUUGUACUUUAGGUAAACUAUAUGAUCUAUCAUAUCCAGGAAAGAUAAGCAAAGCUAUUGACCUGGACCCUCUCACGUUAGGUGUGGUGGUUCCCGUGGAGGAAUUUCCUAAAUGGUACGAAUAUACAUUUAUAAAAUAUUUUAAUGAUUAUAAAAAGUUUAACAUGCCAAGAGAAGAAACACCAACGUAUGACAGGGAAAUGAUCGUAUCGAAACUGAUGAAACGUCGCGGAAUAAGUAAAGAAUUAGCGGGAGAAAUAAUAUCUAGGUUAUCGGAGCCGGUGGGGAAUGGUCUUAUCAGAUAUACCUUCGACGAACGGGUCAACUUUCCAAUGCACUCCCCCUUCCCCCCUGAACAAUUACUUAAGCUCUUGAACUCCUUGAAAACGCCGACACUGACAAUAAUAACCGACGGUUCUAUAAAUUUAGGACAUUUUGCGAAGACGCCAUUUUUAUUGAACGAAUCGUCGUUGUCUGACAACUAUAGAGUGAAGUUAGUCACAGGAAACCACGAUGUUCAUAUCGCUGAACCGGAAAAAGUUGCAUCGUUUGUGGGCCAGUUUCUUUUACAUGGUUUAGAAGGUUUAGAUAAUAAGGCGAAGUUGUGAUGUUUUUGAUGAGGUUAUGGUUGUUUCAUAUGGGGAAAGUAGAGUAUUAUAUUUUAGUAAAAUGUACAAUUUUUAAUUAAAAUUUAUUUACUGA